AUGUCUAUCAACGACUCUGCUCCGGCACCUCAAUCGUUCACACCAGGGCAAUGCCUCUUCUGCCCCUCUGUCUACCCGACACUAGCCGAGAGCAUCAUUCACAUGCAAACUUCACAUGGCCUCUUCGUCCCAUAUAAGCAACACCUCUUGGUAGAUCUCGAGACAUUGUUUAGAUAUCUACAUCUUGUUAUCUAUGGGUAUCGAGAAUGCAUACACUGUGGAACAAGCAGGACAACAGCCCAGGCAGUGCAGCAGCAUAUGAUGGGUAAAGGCCAUUGCAAGUUUGACGUGUCGGAAGGAUCAGAAUUUGCCGACUUUUACGACUUUUCACGCCAAGAUCUUGAUACAGAAGAUGAUUUUCUGAGUGAAGAUGAUGAAGACGAGUUUGAGGGCGCAGGACCGAAGCUGGACCGGAAGCCCCUACAGGUUGAUCGGGACUCGAUCCGUCUUCCAUCCGGCCGGCUCAUCUCCAAAAAGUUAUCAGCGCAAGUUGAGCCAUCAGUCUCACAGAUACGCGAGCGCAAGCGGACGUCUAGAUCUCAAUUCGAGUACUCUUCUGUCGAAGCCGGAGACGAAGGUCCUAUGCAUGAGGAGUCUGUACCAGAGACUUCCGACACAAGGGUUUUAUCGAGACGAGAAAGACGGCAGAAGGCUACUGUUACAUAUCAGCUUGCCAAUAUGAGUGCCGGCGACCGUAGCGCUUUGAUGCACCUGUCUGCAUCCGAGCAGCGUUCAUUGAUCGCAACUCAGCACAGAUUUACGGAAAAGGUUCAGAAGGAGGAGAGUCGAAGGCAGCGAAGGAUUGAUCGCAAGGGGAACAAGAAUCUGUAUGCUUAUUGGCAUACAGAAACUCCAGUGUAUCAGUGUGGAUAG